UGAACGAUUGAUUUUACUUCAUCAUUUGGGACGCUUAUCUAAUCGUAAAUGUGCUCUUCUCUACCUUAAUCAUCGCCUUCAGCAAAAAGCUUUUUAUCAUUCUAAAUACCAGGACGGACUGCGGUUCCGUAAGCGAUUUAACUUCCACCGUUUAACAAAUAGGGAGCGCUGGUACUUUUUUUGGUUCCGCAAGAUUGAUCUAGAGCGAUUGAGAGCGGCACUAAAAAUCCCGGACAAAUUAGUUACAAAACGGCGUGAGAAUGUUGGUGGACUGGAGGCUUUGUGUAUCACUUCGCGUCGACUGGCGUACCCAGGUCGGUGGUGGGAUUUGCGACGACCAUUCUGCCGUUCUCCGGCGAGCAUGUCCCGAAUAUUUUAUCUCGUUCUGCGCCAUAUUGACCACAAUUUCAGCCAGUUAUUACAUUCGUUGGAUCGUCCCUGGUUAAAUGAAGAAAGCCUCACGACGUACGCCGCGGCAAUCGAGAAAAAAGGAGGAACGGUUAAGAAUUGUUUUGGAUUUAUUGAUGGGACUGCACGGCCAAUAUGUCGACCAAAACGAUUACAACGGGACUGCUUCGGACUGAUCCGCAACUUGUUCGGAGGAGUGAGAAGCACCAUGCAUGACGCGAGGAUGCUGAACGAAAGCGGCUUGCUUGAAAGUCUUCGAACUCAGUUUGCAAAUUUUGACGAAAAACUUGUGCUGUACGGAGACAGUGGGUAUGGAAAGAAGGAUAUACUAAUUACCCCACAUUCCUGAGCCAAGUGUCUCCUGAACGUGCAGAAA